AUGAAUGGGAGUGCAAUGUGGCCCCCAAUAGAGUACAUACCACCUUUGCCACCAUUGAAAAGGAAGAUGCCAGGGAGACCUACUAUUAAGAGAAAGAGGGACAGUACUGAGGUUACUGGAUCACACAGAGUAUCCAAGGCAGGCAAAAAGAUGUUCUGUGGUGUUUGUAAGAAAUCAGGCCACAAUAAGUCAACCUGUGAUGCAGUGUCAAAGCCCCAAAAAAGUCAGGUGAAAAAGAGGAAGGCUGAAGGUGAAGGUGAAUCUAGUGCAUUAAAGAAAAGGAAGGGUCAAGGGCAAAAUGGGAAGGGAAAGGGUGAAGGUGAUACUAGAAGUGGAAUUGGUUUCAAAAUGGGAGAAGGUGAAUGUGAGUCAACAAGUGGUGUGACUAAGAAGAAUGCCUCAAUGGGCACCAUUGUUCAAAACAACCAACAACACAUAACCUAA